AUGCUCCGCCGCGGCAUCGAACCAGAUGUGCUCAUGUACACGUCGCUCAUCUCCACCAUGGGCCGUGCUGGCCUUGAGUGGCAGGCGUACAAGCUCUUCUCUCGCAUGAUCGAGCAGAACAUUCAGCCGCUGCCCGAGACAUACGUGGCAUUGCGCGAUGCCACCUCGAGGCAGCGCGUGGCUCUGCGGGAGAAAAUCCAAACCAAAAUUGAGGAGGCAGUGGACGUGUUCCCGGAGGAGCUGGCCAGGGCGGAGCGUGAGCGGCAGAGGGAAGAAGACCGACGCUGCAUCGCCAAGUUCAACGAGUACAUGCGUGGGGUGCUGCCCGCCACAACUUCGAGUCCGCCAGUGCCAGCGCUGUCGCUGGGUGCCGCGGGUGCUGCACCCGAAGCUGAAGCGACACCGUCUGGAGAUUGCGCUGGUGCACCCCCGGGCGAGUCCGAAGCAGGUGCAGCCUCAUCCAGCGGCACCAUUGCCACUAUGCACAUCCGAAAUCCCACCGAUGCAUGGAACACGACACAGAUGGCACAAGAUGUGCGCAGCCAUGCACAGUCCACGGCAAAGGGCAACACUGCUGCUGAACUGCGCGUGUCUCUUGAACGUAUGGACGAGGAGGAGCUGCGUAUCUACCUGGCCGCGCAGCGCCAGCUCCGUCACGGCACAAAGACGCAACUUAUCGAUCGCGUCCUGAAAACCGUGAGUGCAAGCUCGAUUCGUGCCAUGCUGGACCGCCGGUGCCACUAUUUUCGCUCUGUGGAGCAAAUCCUGGCCGCCGACCUGCGGCAGCUGAACAUGUCGGAGCCCUCAGAUAUCACGCCGUUGUCGAACACAGACGCCGGCGCCCGUGCAGAUGCCGCGCAGGACCGAACCCUGGGGAACGCCGAGAAGGAUUCUUUGACACCGGAGGUUCUCUACGCCCCGUGGGGCAUCCUGCGGAAGCCUCAGCGCCGCUGCAAAGGGCCGGCGGUGCCUCGCAACGCGGAGCGGUUUGAGCGCGUUCGCUUGUCUGAGCCGGAGUUGCUUCUCAUUCACAGCAAGGCGGUGUCGAACGACCUGGAUGAGCUCCCAGAGUCCUUGCUCCGGCGCUACGCUUACCAGUUUCAGCUGCGCUGGCGCCGCAGGGAGGGGGCGGCAUCACUCCUACAGGCGGUGCAGUGGCACGUGACCACGUAUGUGGGAAGUGCGCUGCAGAAUGGGGGCGAGAGGGCAGGCUCAGGCGAUUUGCUCGCGUCUCCGGCACCGACGCCACCGAUUCGGUUGCAGAAAGAGGCGGAGGGUAUGCGGGAGACACUCGAGAACUACGAAGCUUUUCGGGUGAUCGCGCAGCGUACGAACAAUCUACAAGUGGUGGAUAGCAAGGAGAUCAAUCGACACCUGCAGCAUGUGCGCCAGGAUGCCGUGCGGCGCGAGCGCAAGAUGGAGAGCGCGCUCCGUCGAGAGCGACACGUAAUGGAGGCGGCUGGGCUCGCCGCGUCCGCCAAGUCUUUCACGCCACCACCCACAGCGAAUGGCGGAGAGAUGCAGGUGCUCGGCGUCACCGAAGAUGUGGUGCUGGAACCCACCUCCUCGCACUCGUCAGCGCUGGUGGAGUCGCAGAGCCACUGCGGUGGCGCCGAGGCGACUGGUAAAGGAGAGGACGGGGCUACUGCGAGCGAGCUGCCGCCGUGGGCGCUAUUCGAGGAGGAGGACGAGUUCAACUUGUCCUCUGGUCACUUUGGUGACCCCGAGGUGGGCCGAUUCCAGGAGCUGAGCGACUCCAGGAUGCAGGUGUUGCCGUCCCGCACCGCUCAGGCGCAAUGGUCCGUCGACCGUCAGCUGCUCCCCACCUCACUCAAGGAUAUUGUGCAGGAGGCGGAGCUGGAGCAGCAGCGGAGGCGCGAGGGGAUUGAGAAGGAGUACGAACGUCGCCUGCAGUACACCAGGUACCGCAAGUGGGACAGCAUGAUCUCCAAAGCACAGCAGAAGAGGCGACGGCAGGCGCAGGACGACGGAGAAGAGGAGGAGGCGAGAGUUGCGAUGAAGCCACUGGCGGCCAAGCGCCGGCUCGCACAGCUGCUGCGCAAAGGUUGGGAUAGGCAGAAGGUGUCUGCCGCAGUGCUGGCCAAGUACAAUCGCAGUCUGUAA